AUGCCUAAAUCAACUUACUUGAGUGAAAACUUUCAAUCGAAACAUUAUCACAGCGUUCGUCCAACGUACCCUGCUUCUUUAAUACAAUUUAUCUUAGAUUACCAUAAGGGUAAAAAGGACAUCUUGAUCGACGUAGGCUGCGGUACUGGGAUUGCCACUUCUUUAUUUGCACCUCAUUUCAAGAAGGCAAUCGGUAUCGAUCCUUCUGAGAGUAUGCUAAGAACUGCAAUCUCAAAUAACAGCCAAGCUAAUGUUGACUUUGUAAAAUACUACGGAGAGGAUAUUGACAAGGUUGUCAAUAAUGACGUUGAUAUGGUUAUCGGNNCUGAGAGCAUACAUUGGUGCGAUCUUGACAAGCUUUUUACCAAGGUUAACAACGUGUUAAGAACCGACGGUACCUUUGCUUUCUGGUUUUACAUCCAACCUGAAUUUACUGAUUUGGGCCCUGAGGCAAAUGAAAUUUAUUGGAAAUAUUGCUACGGCGAUGAGUUUAUGGGAAGCCAAUUGACUGAUUUUCAGAGAAGUUUUUUUAACGCUUUUGGAGGUGUUGAUCUUUUCAAUAAGUUAUCAACCAUUUUUGCAGAUGUUACUUUCAAGUCUCGCUGCAAUUAUGUCAGAAAUCAUGAUGUCGAAGAGUUACAAAAGAUUUCCAAGGAGGAUACAUCCUCCACAUCACCUUAUUUCAUCAAAUCCACAACUACAUUGACAGGGUUGAGAGAUUUUGCAAGAAGCUGGAGUAUUUAUAGUGCUUAUAAGUAA